UAGUGACAUCCGCAUUUCAGAAAUAACUUUACUAUCGAGCAGUACUACAAUAUUUUAUUGUUGUCAAAACAAUGCUGUUCAUUGUUAUUGUAUUGAGUAUAAUGUGUACAAUAAUUUAUUUUAUUUGGAAUUAUUAUUUUAUAUUUCCUUUUCGGACAAUGAAAUCGUUACCCGGUCCAAUACGACUGCCACUUAUCGGUAGUUCAUAUAUUUUUCUACAAAAAGGUCUUUUUGAUGCUAUGUAUUACUUGUGCAAAAAAUUUUCGUCUCCGUUCCAAAUAUGGAUUGGUUCAUAUUUAACAAUCGUAAUAUAUGAACCAAAUCAAGUCAAGACUAUUUUAAAAAGUCGCUUUUGUUUAAAUAAACAUAAGAUAUAUAAAAUUUACAAACCAAUAUUUGGCACAGGAUUAGUAACGAUUUCUGGAAACAUAUGGGUUAAAAAUCGGAGAAUAAUAGCUCCAGCUUUUAAUGCAAGCAUGUUGCAAAACUAUUUUGAUACCUUUGUUCAAGAAUCUUUAACGUUCAUUGAAGAAUUAGAAACAAUUAAUGGAAACGAAGUUAUUUUUCUUGAACAUAUACAAAAAUGUACUUUAAGAACUUCAUUUGACACUAUGUUUGGCAUUAAAAUGGACACAAAUACAAUCAACGAAACUUUGAAAACUGUUAACAGUGCGUGUAACGGAAUAGGAUAUAGAUUCCGCAACUUAAUCAUGUCUUUUGAUUUUCCAUUUAAUUUCACUUCCAUUGCACAAAUACAGCAAAAUAAUAUAGCCUUUUGGAAAACUCUUUCUGAUAAGAUUAUACAACAAUGGGCAAGUAAAAUGAAUACAACAACCGCUAACAGUGACACAGCUUAUAACAGAUUUCUUGACAUUUUAAUGAAUUCGUCUCAUAACAAACAUUCACGCAAAAGGACAUUCACUUCAUAUAAUUACACUGCUGACAGGGUCCUAUGCUAGCACGGCCGUUACAAUAAAUUUUGCGACCCUUUAUGUUAGCAAAUUUCU